AUGGGCAGCGGCGAGUGUAGGAGCAACGACUACGGCGCCGCCGCCUACUGGGACGCCCGCUACUCCUCCGGUUCCCCCGCUUCCGGCGGCGGCGGCGGCAAGUUCUUCGACUGGUACCAGACGUACGCGGCGCUGCGCCCGCUCCUCCGGGCCCGCAUCCCCGCCGCCUCCCGCGUCCUCAUGCUCGGCUGCGGCAACUCCCUUCUGUCGGAGGAUAUGGCGAAGGAUGGUUACAAGGACAUUGUAAACAUAGACAUUUCAUCUGUGGUCAUCGAGCAGAUGAGAGAGAAACACAAGGAGAUUCCGCAGCUAACAUAUAUGCAGAUGGAUGUUAGGGACAUGACUUUCUUUGCCGAUGAAUCGUUUGAUUGUGUCCUUGAUAAAGGAACCCUGGAUGCUAUGAUGUGUGCUGAUGAUGCUCCUGAUGGUGCUUCCAAAAUGCUAGCAGAAGUGGCAAGGCUUCUUAGGCCUCAUGGGAUCUACUUGUUGAUAACGUAUGGUGCUCCUAAGGAACGAGUCCCAAUUCUGUGCCAGGCUGGAUGCAGCUGGAGUAUUACACUUUACAUUAUGCCUACACCUAGAUACCACUUGAAAAUGAGCAAAGGUGCUCCACAGCCUACCAUGGAGGAAGUCGCACUCACAGAGGAUGGUCAACUGCCACCUGAUUAUGUUCUCAAAGAUCCAGAGUCACAUUUCAUUUACAUUUGUCACAAGUUGGCAGUGAAAGAGGCUAAUUGCAGAGCUACUGAGCCAGAGGAAACAACAAACGCAAAUUAGUUCCUCCUUAUCCUUUAAUUUUCAUCUUGUUUGCUGCUGUUGGAGUUCAUUGUUGAUCUGUUGUAUUGGCAUAGCCCGCAGUCGUGAUUUGUGUGAUGUGUUACCCUUGGUAUUAAAAAUACAUUACACCC